GUAGCGAAUUCAGUGAGGAGACAUCCGAUAAAAUGUUCUUCAUUUUUUCAAAAUCUAAGAGCUUUCAAAAGCUCAGUUAACUUAUUUUAGUUCCUUUAUUCAUCAUCGUCCCAGGUUGAAGACAAGUCUCGGAAAUGCGUGGCAUUGUGCUGAGUCUUUCAGUGGCCCUUAUGUUGGCUAACAUAGUUCAUAAACGAGAAGCAGCUAGCAUCCAGUCAAUAGGUAAGUAAUGAAAUAUUUGAAUUAUUUCAUUAGGGAAGGAGUCUUUGCCAAAUUAUAUUUACUCAAGUACAUUACAAAAUAUUACUGUUGAAAAUGGUGCACAUUUAAUAUCUGAAAACGAAUAGCAAUCUGAGCUGCACGCUCUCAAAAUUGACCAUAGGUAAAUUCCCUUCAUAACACGUAAAGAAAAGUACACAGAUGAAACGAUUAGGUCCAGGAAACAAUAAUUUUCAAGCGCGUCUUUGAAUUUACCAUCUAAAAAAGCGUUUAUUUGUUAUUUAUAGAACAAUUGUUUUAUAAAACAGGGGGUAAUCGGGACAGCAUUUUGAAGUUUACGAAGACAAAAAAUUCACCUUACGCGGCCAAUUGUGAUAACUUCGCUUUAAUCAAUAUUUUGAGUCUUCAUUAACAUCGUGUAUUCACUCAGUCUUAAUUUUUGAUUAACACAACCGAGACCUUUAACAGUCAGAUAGCUGUAAAUACUAAAAUAUCUGCAAGUUAAAUCCGGUUUUGCAAACAGCGACAAAAGUAUAUAGAUAUUUAGUUGGGAGAUCAAGAUUGUUUCUAGUUUGUUAUACUGCUGUUAUUUCCAAAUUUCCUGAUUCUUGAUUUGAAAUUGUAAGUAACGAGCUCAGAAACUGUAUCUCCUUUCAUGUAUGGCGUACAACUGGUGAAACGAUAUAGCCUCUUACCCAAGCGAUUUUAGGGGAAUCCCAUUUUCUCCUUCUCUACCUCUCGUGGGGAAGGAAGAAAUACGACUCCCCUACGAACGUCUGCAUGGAAGGCCGGUGAGGCGACAGCUAUACAAUGAAUUUUUAGAUCAUAACUUAAUACUUUUUAAAUAAAAUAUUUUUAUAGGUGUAAUUCAUCAUCCCAACCAUGACCUCCUUGCCAAUAUGCUGAGAAAAAGCGUUAUUGACGUCAAUAGGACACUUACCGGGAAUAAAUACAUUAACUUAACAUCCAUCAGAACGACAUCAUCGAAGGAGUUGUUAUCCUACAGUAAGUACCCUUUAAAGCCGGUAAAGAAGAGCAUAUUGCCGAUACAAGAUCAGCCACGUGCUCGGGUGUGAAAAUUUGGUGUUGAUCCGUUAGUUCUGAUCACAGCACUGUUAUAUUUAAGAAACGGUCCAGAUAAGAACGAUAGCAACAACGGCAACGAACAUGCUGGAAUGCAAAAAAGGUGCUAACUUUUCUAUUGUCUGUGCUUACUUCUGAUUGGCUUAAACAGCAAAAGUUAACAAAACUUCAUAAAGUAGUACAUAUAUUCAUCCUUACUUUCCAACCAUCUUCCAUAUAACAAAAUCUGGUCUUAGUUUGAAUAACAAAGAAAUCCUAUGUGGGGAACAUGUAAAAUUGUAAACUUUUCUUGGCUAUUGUUUUCAACUCUUGUGAUUGGUCAAAAUUUUUUAACACAAAAAAACACCCUUUCAAAGUGGACUGUAAAUGCAUUUUAUUGCGUAAACGGCCUUCAUGUAGGUUUAUGCAUUCUCUGUGUAAAAAUGAGAACAUUCCUAUGUGGGGAAAGCACCGUUGCCGCAUAACAAAAGAAAUUGCUAUCCACCUUAUUCGGAUCGUUACUUAACUUUAAUGUUCAACCAGUCUCCUCUACUAACUAGGCCUGAAUAAACAACCUGUAGUUAAACCAUUUUCAAUCAUUUAUUUCCCUCUUUUUUUUAUCUUUUGUACCAGAUAAUUUGAAAGACAUGUCGUGCGCAAUAGCAAUAUUUGAUUUGUCCUUUGGUGACCACCACUCGUUUUCGUUUGCUGAGGUGCUGGGUAUACCGUUAUUCAGCUUCAAGCCCAUCUUGCGAGACUUAUCGAAUCGAUUUGUUUACUCUGCAUUGCCGUCUUAUGAUAUGUACGCACGUGCCAUAAUUGACGUCAUAGUGUUUACCGUUGGUGAAGACAGUCCCAGGGAACAAGUGGCAAUUGUGUUUGAAGGUAGGCGAUAAUUCAAAAUGGGGAUGUUACUAAAACGGGAAACGGGUAGCGGGUAACGAGCACGGGGAAAGGGCAAUUGAAAAUUGAGAACAAAGCAGGGAAUUUGAAAUGAAGUUACUACGGUAUAAGCUAGGUUUUGUUCCUAUUUUUUGUUUUCCGGUUCUCCGUGCUGGCUCCUCGAUCGCUUCCUGUUCCUAGUUUUAGUAACAUCCUUCAAUAUGAUUCCUUUCUAAAAACUGACGGUAGGAUAAUAUAUUCAACAAAAUAACGGCGGACUUGUGUGCGCGCUUAUCAUAAAGAAAUGAAAUAAAAUAACAACUGUUAACCAGAAUAACCGAGUAUCAAACGAACGCCUUUUGUCUAAAAAACGCCUCUUCUACAAUGUUAAGUUUGUAUUGGACGUCUAUCUCUAAUACAUGCCCCCUGCCUAAUAGACGCUGCCCAUAAAAAUUACUCUUAAAUACUAAGAAUUAGCAAAAACGAACAAAAUCAUAAACUUUAUUGAAUUUCUUGCUUGAUUAACAAGGGUUUGCGUAUUGCAUUUUUCUAUGUCAAGUUCAAAGUAAGGAUAGACUAACGAUGACAACACAAUUACCUUGAAGAGGAUUCUAAACGGCCUAGACGUACACUUUGUAUCAAUGAAUGAACUGGAUAUUCCGCUGUUUAUAAAUUCUCUUUUAUUUUCUCCCAAAGCAUAUAUGUUUUUUCGAGCUUAUUGCAGUUAUGAAAAUAAAUGUAUCUCUCUUUUAAACGCGUCUAUUAUGUCAGUUACGCUAUACCUAAUUUGUUUUCUAUGUGUAAAGUCAAGAUAUGGAUGCCGGCUGGGUAUUGGUUCCUUUAUUUCUUUGAACACGGUACAAGUGCUGAUUUUCUCAAAAGUCUCUUGUCGUGUUUUAAUGUAGCACUGAGAAUUUCUUUUGUUGGAAACUCUAAUAAACGUCAUCAUUUCUUUUAGACGAGUACUCCAGAGUUGCAACGAAAGUGUACUCAAUAGCUCGUGAACUCGAAAGAUUUGAAGUUGACGCAAUCCCUGAAGUAAACAUAAACAACGAUGAAGAAUUUCAACGUGCACUUGAAGUUCUUCCAAAGACUGGUGCAAACAUCGUGCUGGUCAUUUGCAGACCAGAAAACCUGGAUGAUAUCCUGGAGAAGGUACUGGUCUAGAUCCUAAAUUUUAGUUUCUUACUGAAUACUAAGACAGAAUCAAUAAGUGUGUGAUGUAGCUAGUCUUAUUUACUCUUUCUUUAUGUGUGUGUCAGGCUAUGUGCAAACCGCGUAAGCAACAUUCUUGCCCAACAACUCCCAACAUUGUUGGAUGGUACCUGUUGCGUCCGUUUGCACACUCCUGUUGCAUAUUGUUGCGCAAAGUUUGAAAGUGGGCAAACUUUUAGCCCCGUGCAAACGGACGCAAGAUUGUUGGCCAACAACUCCCAACAUUGUUGAGAGAUGUUGCAUCCGCUUGCACGUAGCUUAAAAUGGCAUUCUUUAGAGUAAAAAUUCCUUCGAGUAGAAGGCUUGGCUAAAAUUGCCCUCCUUUUUAAUAAUGCCGAUCUCGGAGGGUGCUGUUGGACCUUCCUCGAUCUGAAUUCUUUACGAAAGAUGAAUCUAUUGAAUUGCUAAAUGUCCUUGGUUAUUCACCGUUUUGGGACGGGAAUUUUUGGGGACGAUCCUAUUAUCUGGGAGCCUGUCAAAGGCUAGAGCUGUAACAAUAAAUACAAAGAAAGCGACUAAAUUUGGCUUGCCGGUGGUUACUGGCACGUAGAAAAUUCAUUCACAGUGAAUUUUUAACAAAUUCGUGAAAAUGCACUCGACAGAUCCCCUCACACAUAUUUUCAAUUGAAACAAAAACAAAGCUCUUCAAAGUGACAUCUUUUAUUUUCAAAAAAUACUGAUUUGGUAAUCCCCUCAGAGUUAGUGCAUAAUGUUUGAUACAUUCUUCGACGAUUCGCGUUUUCUUUUAUAUACACGACUAUUUACCUCCCUUUAAAAAUAAUGAUAUAUAUAUGUGUAGCCAACAAGGCAACCACAAAUUGAAUUCUUCAAAGUAGCUCACAAGCGGGAAUGCAGCCUCCUCUGACGAACUUGAAAUUAAAACCGACUAUCCAAUUUAGUUGUCAGAAUAAUAAAUUGGACUAAUUAACUAUAUUUUUUUUCUUUUAAAGGCUUUACAACUUGGUGCUAUGAAUGAAAAAUCCAGAUGGUUUGCUUUGAAUAUGGUGCGCAUCUCUUUUUUAUGACCAGCCAGCCAAUUUUUUGAGGGAGGGGGGAGGGGCGGUGGGGGACAGGGUUAGGGGACAGAGGUAGGGGAGAGAGUUGGAGGAUAGAAUAAACCACGAUGCCCUCCAUCAGUUUUUACGCGCUUAUGGAUUGAUGGGAUAAAGGCAAUGUCACGUGGUAUUUCAAGGGGCCAAACAGAUGAUAAAAUAUACGACUAGUCAUGGUCCUGACCAGACAGAAUUCCGUCGAGUUUUACUUCAUUGUUGCUUGCUGUGAGGAUGUCUAAGGUCGUUGCUGCAUCCAAUAAAGUCUCAAUGAUCAGCUUUCGCCUUUAUUUACCAUUCAUCAUUUUCACAAAGUCUAUAAUGUACCUUGUUUAUCCCCCAAACGUUUGCAUAAGCAUUGUCUUCGAUAUCUCUUGAGAUGACUGUAAUACCUAGGAGAAAUUGAAAACAAUGGUCAUGGAUUUGUUUUUGUUUUUUUUGGGGGGGGGGGGCUGGGGCUGGGUUGGCGGAAGGGGAACAAGGUGCAUUAUAGUCUUUGUGAAAAUGGUGAAUUUUUGUCUUGAAAGCUUAAAGUACUUUAUAGUCGUUUUCACAUGACGUCACAACGGGCAUAUUGGUGUACAAAACAAUGAAACGGCGGCCAUUUUGGUGUACCAAGAUAAUCCCGUGGAACUAUUUUCUCUGCAUCUAAAAAACUGUCUUUUAUUCCGAGAAAUCAACAUAGCCACUGAUCACGUAAGUGAAGACGAUCUAUUUCGUUGUCCCCUUGAGAAACCACGUGACACAAUGCCUAAAUCCCAUUGCCGCGGGCAGACAGGGAGAAUACUGUGAGUAAGGUUUAGUACAAGUAUUAGAAAACAUGAUGUAGCUUAUUUCAUUUAGUCUUAGAAGCUCAGCCGAGAACAUUUUGAAAUUUAUUUCUUUUUAAAACAUUUCCUGAGGAUGUUUAUUCAUACUGUUUGAAGAAAUGUCUUAAUUUAGAAAACACACUUGUUAUUUUUCCGGUAAUCGGUAAAGGUGUAUCGAAGCAGGUAAAAAAAAUGGUUUUGCGAGUGCUUAUCAGUUACUCAAAAUUUAUAUUUGGCGCCGAAGCUUGGCGGAAAAGAGAAAUCACCUCAAAUUUUAGUGGUGAAUAAAUUUGUUAUAUUCCUUGAAGCAUCGGAGUGAAGUAUGAAUUUUCAUAUAUAUCAAAAUCAUUAGAUCUGUUGUGAUUCUCAGUAUUCGGUUUUCGUUCUUUUUUCCCUCCAUAGGACUUUGAUGGAAAUAUAUCUAAAAAAUGUUUCAAGGGACUUGUAGGUCUCCGAGUGAACUUAACAGAUCCUGAGAAGACACAAAAAUUAAAGGAGGAUGCUGAGAGAAAAACAAGAAAAGGCGACCUCAAGAAAACACCCGAGGUACUUCGAUAACUACUUGCUUUUAUAGGACACUGAAAUUAUAAUAGUCCUCCUCUUUGCUUUCUGACAACCAGAGUCACAGAGUAUCUUAGCUCAAGAUAAAGCUAAAAUCUGUCGACUAAGCCCACGAUGUUUAGGAACCAAGCCAAAAAAGUAGAAAUAUCUACAUCACCAUCAUUAUCAUUAUCAUCAUCAUCAUCAUUAUCAUCGUCAUCAUUAUUAUCAUCAACUCCAAAAGCUCAUCAACAAUUCAAAUAGAAAAUUCAAAGUAUAUUAAUGCUUAACGAGAAUCUCCGCUUAAACAAAUCCCCGUUGUUCGUUUAUUGAUUAAACUAUAUACGUUAGUUAAUUUUCUUGAUCAAUAUGCACCUUUCCAAAUUGAAGAGAAUUGAAAGAGGUUUUACUAUCUUGGUGUUUUGAUGGACCAACAUUCACUACUGAUCAUUUCCGAUUUCCAAAAACCCUUACUUUCAAAACGAGGCCACGUCCAAAAGGAUCAAAUGAAUGAAUGAAUGAAUGAAUGAAUGAAUGAAUGAAUGAAACUAUUUUCAUGACAAAGUCUUCACGUUAAAGACUUCACAAUGAUUAUUGAUUUCAGAAAGCCGAGGCUAGAGGCAAUUUGGAGAUGGCUAAUUAACAAUGGUAUCUGACCCCAUUCCAAAGCUUAUGCUGCUGAUAUUUCGAAAACCUGAAAUGCAUUUAGUUUGCCGGAACGCAGAAGUACAGUACGGUCGUCGCUUCUCUCCACCAGAAAAGUAAUAUCUGCGAACCCAAGCCGUCAAACGAAUUGUGUGACGUAAACCGUCUUUUGUGUUGUUGGUGACCAAUCGGAAUAGAGGAUAAAAAGAAAGCUCGAGUGAUUCGUCGCGACCUCGCGAGCUGGCGUAUUUAGGAAUUAACUGGAAUUUGACUAGUUUACUUUUCGGGUGGAGAGAAGCGAAGACCAGAAAUACGUCUGCGUUUGCAGGCUAAAGUGCAGUCAUUAGCUGGAAGAAGAAAAUGUACUUAUCCUAAUUCUAAUACUCCACUCGCUUCUAUUUCAUCUGUUUAGGUUAUCUAUGCUUUGGUCAACGAUACUUUAUUCGCGGUAGUGGACGCCUUUAAAAAGGACGUAGCUGGAAAAAUUCCCAAGUUAGGAAAUUGCUUUACAUCAGGAAAACGAAGUACAAGUGGAAUAGAAAUGCUCAAGAACCUUAAUAAUAAAGUAAGUAAAAAUGAUGUCUCACUAAGUAGUUCUUUUUUCCUACAAAAUUGUGACUUUACGCACGAUCAAAUAAAAUGUUUACCCAACUCCUGUUGCAGCGAUUGCUCAUAUGUUUUGUCAUUUACCUUUUUCUUAAUUUGCAUUUAAGGUAAAGUUUGCUGGAAUAACAGGAGAGGUGAGAUUUGAUAAUAAUACUAGAAGCAGGGUGGUAGAGAGGCUGGACAUAGUUAACGUCCAAGUUCAAGAAAACGACAAUGAGGAGACGGAGUCUGUUCUUGUAAACGUAAGUAAAACCAUUGCAAUGAGUUAUUGUACAGAGCUCCAAUUAAGAGUCAGCCAAACGUCAACCUCGUUCCCAGGGUUCUCUCCUACCCGCCCGAACGAGGUUGGCUAAACGUUUGAUAACGCCAUUUUUCACAUAUGUAACUGGAACCUUGAUUGAGCUUUUCAGCUGCAAAUAACAAGGGCCUCGAGCAAGCACAGCAAAACAACUGUGUUAACCUACUCCCAUGCAAAAGACAGCUCACAGCCAAUCAGAGCACGCUUGCUAUAUAUCCUUGUUAUUUUAUGAAUUCAUUUUUUCAUUAUUAAAAUAGGUUGGUCUUUGGAAUACGAACAAACGAAAAACAACAAAUAAACCCGUGCAGUUGAACAACAUGGACGCUAUUGAUUGGACAGGGGAUUUCUGGCAGGAGUUGCAAUGCUUAAGGAAGCAAAGAACGAAGAAAAAAGGAAAAGCCUUAGAAGGAAGGACCUUAAAAGUUGUGACCAUAGUGGUAAUUUUGCAUAAUCACAUUUACCGAAGACUGAUAGUUGAUGACUUAAACUAGCUAUUUUGAUCCAUAACGGUCAUAAGUCAGUCAGUUUUCUUAGGCUAAUUUAGCAAAAGAACGGGAACGCCAGUUGACGACGGGGCGGGGAGAUCAAACAACUGGCUUGACCAAUGGCAGAGCGGCAAAUUGGGCACCGGAAGUCGUGUUUAGUCCUUUCCGCGCGCUUUCCCGUCGUCAACUGACGUUCCCGUCCUGUUGCUAAAUCAGCCUAAUGUGUGCUGUGAGUCGUGCGAAAAUUAACUUCUGUCGAGAACCACCGUUCUCUUCCAGAAAUGUGGUCGAACGAAUAAAUUAAAAAUUACUGGUAUAUAACCGGCUCUAAACCGGCUUUGAAUAUCGCUGUGUUAUUAUUUGUUUGCUUCACUAAGUCAUAAUAAGCCCGUAAAAUUCUCUAUGGUUAAUAUCCCGGCUGCAGAAAUUUGUGUUUCAAACAGUAAAAACCGCGCCUGUCUAUCAAGGAUUGACGCAUGUUGAGGCCUCGUGCUUGAACCAUAAAAAAUGGUGCGAUUAUCAGAGCAGAGGUUUUUUCUCAUACGCCCGUGUAUAUAUCGUAUUUUCCUCAGCUUCAAGACGAGUACUCUGGUCAAUUUGGAACAGUAGCAGAUUUUUUCGGAGGAUUUUAGUUAUCUUUCGCUUUGAAUGUUUAAUUCAAAUACCGGACUACACAAGAGUCUGUUUGAAGAAUCGAUUACUAAUCCAACAACUCGCCUUUCUUUCUGUAUUUAGGAUUCACCAUUUUGUGAGAAUAAAAGCAGCCAUUCUGGUGAUGGGAAAACCAACGGUGGACAUGGAUAUGAAGGUUUCAGUAUCGACCUACUCGAGAAAAUAAAGGAUAGAAUGGGCUUUAACUACGAACUUGAGAUUUCCAAGGAAGGAACGAUGAAUAGUCUUAUUAAGCAUCUACAAGAGAAGGUGAUAACAACGCUCUUGUUCAUGAUCUUUUAAAAUUUAAGAACAGGUGGUCCCUCCAGCACAGAGUAAUAAUCAUGUAGAGAUCUUAGUUAGCCUAAAGCAUGCUCUCCCGUAAGGAUUUUAGCUCUGCUCUUAGCAUUUGGAUGAGUUUAUUUUUCGCCUAAGCAAGCUGGUAGGAGUAGAAAUAAGUUUCGUUGAACGUUGAAGUGCCCCACCCUAGCCUUGAGAACGUUGAGAAGAUCUUAGAUCCCCACAGGAAUAGCUCUUAUACAGGUUCGCGUCAGACGAGUAGAUUGCACCAUCAAGCCUCGUUUUCAAAAUAAGGAUUUUGUUAAAAACCGACGGGGUCUGGUGGUGAAAUUUACUCAUAUGACGUAAACACGCAUAAGGGCUAUUGAAUGCAUCACCCCCUUUAACCAAUGAUAAAUUAACCGACUAAUUGCCAAGCCACCCUUGGCUAGGUAUUAAACCAUGACUAGAUAAACGCUUUUGAGUUAAACUUUGCUAAUUCCCAGCCAUGUUACUUUUUUCUCCUCAUGAUUGUAUCACGACGGUAAGCAUUCAGGAUUCUCUUUUAAUUCUGCUUUUUUAGCUUUCUUUCUUACAAUCAACGAACCUCAAGACCGUCAUAUCGUGAUAACCGUUAUGGUUGUAAAAACAAUGCCCUGGAUUACGCUCCCGUUUUGAUACUUUUAGAGGGCAAUUUUAGCCAGCAUUUAGAACUUCGUAACUAGCAGCAAAAACUAAAACAGUACACAAACAAAGAGAGAAUGACCAGACUUUUUCGAUCGGAAAUCCAGGGGCAGGUAUUCCCAAUAUUAUCCGCUAUAAUGCAAUAUCUUUAAAACAGCUAGGCAGCUCACUGUAUUAAAGUGCUUUUUGCGAGCAUUUCUGAGUCACAAAUUUUUCUUUGGAUUGCCACAUAAGAAUAAGCCCUUAACAAAUUUUAAAUCAUUUGUUUCUAAUUUAAUGAUGUUUUUCUCUUUCUUUAGAAAGCUCAUGUAGCCAUCGGAGCCAUCACUAUCACUUCUGCGAGAGAGCUGAAAGUAGAUUUUAGCAAACCUUUCAUGGACUUCAAAAUAAGUCUCUUAAUGCCAAAACCAACAAAAGAAGAUCUGAAUCUCUUCGGAUUUCUUCUACCAUUUGAAAUGGAUGUCUGGCUUUCAACAAUUGCUGUUGUAAGCUGUUUUUCUCUUUUACCAGGUUACUUGAUGCGUUGCUCAAAACGUUAAACCUUUUACACUAGACACAUGCUUUAAAGAUUAUUCUGGAGCUCGGGGGGCGAGGGGGGGGGGGGGGGCGCACUUCCUUAAUUGGCCUAAACAAGGUUUUUAGGAACAGGGUAUGAAAUUUCCUAUACAGCGUCUUGGGUAGAGUAUCUUUUUCAUCCGGAAACAUUUCAGAGAGUGUAAAGACUGGUGAGUAUCGGUCUCCCAUGCAUUUUGUGGUACCAACAGUUUUCUCCAAACAAACCCUCCUUCAAUGAUGUUAGUUUGAAUAUAUAUGCAAAUCGAAACUACUAAGGUCUCGUUCUCUUUAAAUUUGCGCUAAUCACAUUCUAAUCCUUAGAAUCGGUGUUAAAAUUCAGCUCUUUUUAAAAAUAUACAUCAGCUUAAACCCUUAUCCAUUUAAUUUUACGUGUUUGCCUGCUUUUGGAGUGAGUUACAAAACUGAGCAUUUUAACUCCUUCAUGUUCUUCUUGUCUCCAGGUUAUAGGUAUCACUUUGCUAAUCUACUGCUUGGAUUACUUCAGUCCUAGUGGUUACCGGGCUAGGGCGGUCAGCACUGGUGAGGGCGAUGGUGACGAGCUGAACUUGUUCAACAGUUUAUGGUUUUCCCUGGGGUCUAUUCUGCAGCAAGGCGCUGACAACACGCCUAGGUGUGCCUCUGGUAGAAUGUUAGCUGGAGCUUUUUGGUUCUUUACCCUAAUUUUGAUUUCCACUUACACUGCAAACUUGGCUGCGUAUUUCACAGGUAAUGAAUGACUGGAUCAUUAUUCAUAUAUGGGAGAGGCAAUACGGCUUAGCUGUCAAAUCAGGUUCCAGGGUUCCCUAGUGACCUCCAUAUUUUUUAACUGGGGGUAAUACAGUUACGUAGAAUAUUUUCGCCUUUCAAACGUGGGUAAAUUAGUUCAGUCUGUUCACCCCUUACCAUCCCCAAUUCUUUUCGUAACUUGUGUUGUGUGAAGGAUGAUUACUAAACAACAGCCUGCGUAUACAGCCGUCUCUUCUUGCUCCUCGUCGCUAUAUAAGGAAACGUCCCUGGGGGCGAGGAGCGAGCAGAGACGGCUGCUUUUUCAGAAUUAAUUGAACAGCAAAACAUUUUUUGAUCAUGACCAAAAACAACAUUGAUAUCACCCAAACAUCCAUGUUACACUGUACCUACACACUCGUUUAAAUUAAUGCCCUCAUAUAUUACCCUGAAGGCUAACAGUGACCUGUUAAAGGUGAUUCUUUUUCAAAGCAAUUAAUCAACGAAGAUUUCUUUCGCAGCCAAGAACAUAAAAAGCACCAUACAAUCCUUAGAAGACCUGGCCAAUCAGAACAAGAUAAAAUAUGGUGUCUUAAACGACGGGUCACUUUCCGAUUUCUUCAAAAAAUCAGAAGUAGAAACUUACCAGAAAAUGUAUAACACAAUGAAAAAGGGUAACACCUUUGUCAACUCGACAAAAGACGGAGUGGCCAAGGUGCAAGAGGGAGGGUUUGCUUACUUGACCGACGAACCAUAUCUAGACUACUACAACAUGAAGGAACCUUGUAACACGACGAUGCUGAAAAAUUUGUUAGAAGCUAAAAGUUACGGCAUUGCACUACAAAGAAAUUCUGACCUGACGGAUGAAAUUUCAGUUGCAAUACUCAAGGUAACUAGAAAAAUUAAUAAAUGAGUAAAUAAACAAACAAAUAAAUAAGUUAAGUAUGUGAAGGAGUUUCUUAUACAUUUCCUGCGUUACCGGCUAACUAUGAAUGCAGUAAGAAUAGCUAAAAACGCCAAUACCGCGGUCUGACACAGUUUCUUCUCUAGUGAUUCCCUCUUUACACUUACAAACUAGGUAUUCCGCUUAGCCUUACUCUCUCAACCCACUCUACCACCCAGCCAGGCUCAAUCCACUUACAUAUACCUUAAGGAUUCCUCUACAUCCCUGAAGUCCAAGGUGUAGUCGAUUCUGUGUUCAUUUUGCAGCUAAGGGAAGAGGGUUUCUUGGAUAAGCUCCGUCAAAAAUGGUGGGAUCAUCGCAGUGACUGCGAAAAAGAAAAGCCAGCGUCAGCUACAACGAUGAGGAUUUCUUUGGAUCACAUGGCUGGGGUCUUCAUUGUUCUGGCAGGAGGAAUAGUUGUAUCUAUAGUAUUUCUGCUGAUCGAAAGACGAUGUAGCAAUCUAAGGGAACAACUUAAUAAACCAGAAGUAAGCAAAGAUCGAAAAUUCGAAGCAUCUUAGAGUGUGAGCGAGUGAAGAAAAGAGUGGAAAAUGUUAAGCUAGAGUGAAGAGAAUGCAUAUGUUCAAAUAACCGCGGGGAAACUUAAAAAAAAAAACGGAAAUCCACUUUAGAUUAGCCCGACAGACAGAAGAGAACGGAGAAACAACCCAUCAGUUCAGUAUGUCAAGAUCACCAAACACAUAUAACUUUCCAACAAGCAGAUGUUUUUAGGCUUCGUCUCGUGUUCCUUCCCUACGAACGUCGUUCGCAAGGUACGAACACGUGAUGAAGCCCUAAGAACGUCCUCGAAGAAGACUACCGAUCGCAGAGUAUUAUCCUUGAAUAGAAUGUAUCAUUCCAUUUCAAAGGAACAUUUCAUUGCUAAAAUACAGUUUCACGGCGGUUAGGGAAAUUAUAAUUCUUUCAAGGUUGAAAAAUGAAUAAUAAUUCUCUUUACAGUCGAUGAUGAGCGUCAGAGAUCAGAUGGAUCAACUGACGAUGGCGCCGAGAGUCUUCUCCAGGCCUCUCUCCUUUGAGACCAAAACCUUCAACAACGUGGACAAUAUCAAUUGUAGAAGCAUGGACGCGAAGGAUGGGGUCCAACCACGUGACAGCCUUGGGGUCCCGAGGAGGCAAGCCAGACUUCCCAAUAUUUAUGCGGGUGCCCCGGAAAGUAAUCUGUAAAUGUCUUUUGGCACAAUGAAGUUAUACACCAAAUGCGGUUGACGACUAAAAGCCUCAUAGUCGAGUUAUUUAAGAGUGUUUCAACAUGUUUUGAUUGGUCACACAUAGAGAGAUUUUACUUGACCCGUGAAAUAGGUGGUAAAAUACUACGCACUAUUAGCCGUAUUCAUACUAGAGACGGAUUAUCCGUCUAAGACGGGUUAUCCGUCGGAUAAUUCUCGUCAGACAUAUAAUACGUCUUAAUUUGAAAGUGGGGCGGUCUUAAUAUUGGAUGGACAGUCCGCCUGAGUUAUCCAUCUGUUUUUCAGUCAAUUUUGGCGGAUUUUGAAGAUGGAUUAUCCGUCUCUGGUGUAAAAACGGCCAUUAUGCGCUAAUUCCAUCGUCUUCUUUUGUUUACUUGUAGUUAUUUUGCAAUAGUUCUUAUAGUAUCUGUUUCACGGGUCAAGUAAAACCACUCUAAUUCCAAGAAUGCAAACCUUUUUGGACAGCUUCUCUUUGUUGUUUGUUUAGAAACUAGAAGGAAACAGGGGCCGAGUUAGCAGGGGUCGUUACCAGGGACGUGCCGGUCAGCUAUUGGCCGAUUUUUUUCCCUUGUCUCCAGUAACAUUCCCAGAAGUCUUUUCGAAAGUUAACUCGGCCCAGAGGCCUGUUUCUCGAAAGUUCCGGUAACUUUUUGGACCCGAAAAACUGCAAUCAAGAUCAAAGUUUCAGAAAUUUUGAAAAUGCUGAAAUGAAGUGAUCAGUUAACGAAGCAAAAUUGACUGGUUUGUGAGCUAGUAAAGGUGCUACUAUUCAACAGGUUUUGAUUUUAAAAUUUGCCUUCGGGCCCGAAAAGCUCUCGUGCCUUUGGAGAAAUGCGCGCCAGCAGUUUCCUUGUCGUUUCUAACGUGGCGAAAUUAGUAGUACAUUUGAAGGCACCUGGUAAUCCAGGAAGGAGACACUCCCUCAUGUGGCGUAAACAUGUACGUGCCGCUGAACAGGGUGUGGUUUUCAGACUUGAGACAUGAACAGGGUAUAAAAUCUCAUUAUUUAGCUUCUUGACAAGGGUGGUGCUUUGAGUAGUCUACAUGUGGUAGCAACAAUUUUUCCAAAUAUCUAAUUCCAUAAAUUACUUAAUUCUGUAUGCGA